AAUGUGCAGACCAUUUCCAAAAUCGCCGACGCCCUCGGAUUCAAGUCAGAACAUGUGCUGCCUUAUGGCCAUUACAAGGCCAAGAUAUCUCUGGAUGCCAUUGAGGAAGGCAGCGCCAGCCAGGGCAAGCUGGUUGUUGUUACGGGAAUCACGCCCACGCCAGCCGGCGAAGGCAAGACCACCACCGCCAUUGGGCUGACACAGGGGAUGGGACGUCUUGGCCACAAGGUCUCGGUCAACCUGCGGGAGCCGACAUUGGGCCCAAUCUUCGGCAUCAAGGGCGGCGGCACCGGCGGCGGUAACGCGCGCAUUGUCCCCGAGGACGAGAUCAACAUCCACUUCACCGGCGACGCCCAUGCCGUUGCCUCGGCCCACAACCUGCUGGCCGCCUUGGUGGACAACGCGGUGUUCCGCAACGCCAUCCCAGACUUCGACCCCUCGGGCAUUCAGUGGUCGAGGGUGACUGACGCCUCCGACCGGGGCCUGCGUCAGGUGAUCGCGGGCGUUGGAGGCAGCGGAUACGGGCCAUUGCGGGAGGCGAGGUUCGACAUUGUCUCCGCCUCCGAGAUCAUGGCCAUCCUCGCUCUCGCCGACGGCCCCGACGACCUGCGGGAGCGGAUAUCGCGCAUCGUGGUGGGCGCCACCCGCGGGGGCGAGUCGGUAACCGUCGAGCAGCUGGGGGUACAGGGCGCGCUCAUGACGCUGUUGCACCAGACUGUGAUGCCCAACCUGGUUCAGACGCUGGAGGGCCAGCCGGCCAUCGUCCACGCUGGUCCCUUCGGAAACAUCGCCCACGGCUGCAGCUCCAUUCUGGCCGACAAGCUGGCACUGGGUUACGCUGACUAUGUGAUCACCGAGGCAGGGUUCGCCUCCGACCUUGGGUUUGAGAAAUUCAUGCAUAUCAAGACCCGGCAGAGCGGGCUGCUGCCCAAAGCCGCGGUAUUGGUGGCCUCGGCCCGUGCGCUCAAAUGGCACGACGUGGACAGGGUGAACCGUGGCGGGCCGAACCUCGCUCACCACGUUGGCAUCGUGGCCAGCUUCGGACUGCCCUGCGUGGUCGCCAUCAACCGGUUUGGCUCAGACAGCCCCGAGGAGCUGGCGGCGGUCAGGGACAUCGCACUGGAGGCCGGAGCCACGGCUGCCGUCGAGUGUGACGGCUACGCGCAAGGCGGCGCGGGUGCCGAGGAACUGGCCCAGGCUGUGGUGGACGCGACCCGGGCCGAAAGCAACAUCACCUACGCAUACCCUCUCGAGGCCACGGCGCAAGAGAAAGCCCUGGCUCUGGCUCAGAAGGUGUACGGCGCGGCGGACGUAGCGUGGUCGACGCAGGCCACUAACCAGCUUAGGUACUUCGAGUCGCAGGGCUGGGGCAGCCUGCCCAUCUGUAUGGCCAAGACUCACCUGUCAAUUUCCCACGAUCCGAGCCUUCGCAACCGGCCCCAGGGAUACACCUUUCCGAUCAACGACCUGCGGGCAUCAGUGGGCGCAGGAUUCCUUUACGCGCUGGCGGGACGCAUCGAGACGCUGCCCGGCCUGCCCUCGCGUCCACGGGCUCUGGACAUGGAUGUCAACGCCGAUGGGGAAGUGAUAGGGAUCCUGAACUAG